AUGAAUCCCCUUCUGAGGAACAAGAUUACAAGCGCUGGAUUAACGCCCGAGGCCAAGGCGGCCGAAGACCGAGACGUCACCAGUCGCUAUGGCCCGAACGCAAGGCUCAAGAAGACCCAAGCCACGCAGGUCCCCGUACGAAAGUAUUUCGACAGUGCCGACUAUGCCGUAUCCAAGGCGGGCAAGGGCAACAGCAUCGAUGCGGGCUCUAUCGGCAGCGAGCAUCCCGUUCCCGAGAACAUCCCUCACCUGGCCAGCCCCAACGGCGCCCAAAGCAACAGCGGCCUGCCCCUACCACAUCACGGCAGCAUCAGCGGCCAGUCCAUCUCGCCUAUCAAGGAGAGCAGCUUCCUGCAACGCGAGUCGAGCGCCGACGAUGCCGAAGAGAAGACCGCUGGCAACGAGGACAGUCCGGCGCAGGAGGAGCAAGGCAUCCCCAUCAGGAGAUAG